UUUUCUCAUCUGAUCAUUAAUUGUCAAAUACAAUUGGACAAUUCCCUGCUUCUGACUUACCGACCAGAACUAGAAAUAAAUGAACGCGUUAAACCAACGAAUUGGUCAUAUUCAGAUCUAUGCUUUGAGUGAUUGAUUGACAUGAGGGAAAACUUUAACUUUCCCCCCAAAACCCCCCAAAAGUAUUUAUGUUUUGCCAUGUAUAAAUAUCAGUUCUUUCUGUGGUCAAUUGCCUGACUAUCUAUUGCAGAGGAACACAUGGCGUAGUUUGGGUUGAUAGAAAUAACACCGCCAACAUCGCGAGGAUAAAUAUGCGAGUCAUUGUUACACUGUUAAUUAUUCACACGAACGUUAGACAUUAUCGUUGAUCAUACACAACUGCUAUCGUACGCUGUGAAUUGCUAUCAAUUGUAUUGCAGGGUCAUUAUAUUACAAUGGUUUUCCUUGUUUCCUAGUCAAUUUGAUAGUAUUAUCAGCAACGUUUAUUCAAUUUCCUGUAAACAGAAUAUGAACCCAACGAUAAAGAAAGGAAGAAAAUUAUGAAAAUACGCACUUGAAUGCAAAGCACAGGACGGGGAAACGGUAACAAGAAAGACCCCAGUAAGCGUACCCAACCCAGGAACAGACUCGCCCGUGUGGUCCAGAUGCUAACUCUGCUGCUGACACAGACUACGCCUCCUUGUGCCUACAGAUACACAGUCAGAUCUUAUAAUGGAACAGACAGAAGGUAACACAUUUAGCGUCGUAUUCAGUGAAAGUCCACCGACCGCGUCCAAGAACAUUAAACAUGAACUCUACAACCUGACUAUCGACAAGGAUGCGCUGCGUCUCUGGGACCUCACGUCAAAGGACCUCAUUUUGGAGUGGCCAUACCUUUGCGUCAGGAGGUACGGGAGGACGCAAAACCUCUUCACAGUGGAAGCAGGUAGAAGGUGCAAGACAGGGAAAGGGGUCUUCGUCAUGGAAACAACUGAAGGACAGGCGGUCAUGGACCAGAUCGUCGAGAGAACAAAACAAAUCAGUGGUAAACGUGAUAAGACGAAAACCACACCCCAAAUAGAAAAAGUGUGUACAUCAGAAAGGGAAGUUUCAGAAGUGAAAAGUAAAGUUUGCGAUCCUGAUGGGAAGACAACAACGCCUUGCCUAGAAACAGCUGAUGGAUUAGCGGUUGCACACAUCGGAUCGGGAUCAGGACCCAGGGCUUUCACUGGAUCAGAACUGAGGACACCAGCUGGAGAAGAAUCCAGAGCUACAAGUGGAGAAGAACCCAGAGCUACAAAUGGAUCAGAACCCAGAGCUACAUGUGGAUCAGAACCUAGGGCUACAAGUGGAUCAGAACCCAGAGCUACAAGUGAAUCAGAACCCAGAGCUACAUGUGGAUCAGAACCUAGGGCUACAAGUGGAGAAGAACCCAGAGCUACAAGUGGAUCAGAACCUAGGGCUACAAGUGGAUCAGAACCCAGAGCUACAUGUGGAUCAGAACCUAGGGCUACAAGUGGAGAAGAACCCAGAGCUACAAGUGGAUCAGAACCUAGGGCUACAAGUGGAGAAGAACCCAGAGCUACAUGUGGAUCAGAACCUAGGGCUUCAAGUGGAUCAGAACCUUGGGCUUCAAGUGGAUCAGAGACAGGACAGAACCUUGACAACGAGGAAGGUGCAGUUUUAUCGGGAUCAGGCACACGUGAUGAUAUAGAAGAAGGGGAAAAUGGUAAAUCGACUUCACUUGAGCCUAUAGAAAGUACAGAAGCUCCAAGAAGUCAGGCUGACACAACACCGGUUCCCGGUGAGAUUAUUGUGUUUGAUUUACCAAAGAACAGACGUUCAAAGCAGUCUCGUCCCAAUUAUGAGAAUGUGAAGUUCAUGCCCAAAUACAAUGUGAAUACGUGUCUGGAAUAAUUCGUCAUUGACAACAUCCAUGUGAAAUUUAUCGUGGGUUCGAAUCCCAGUUCGCCCCGAUUAUGCUUCUAGGUUUGUCAGCACCACAGCGGCCUUAAAAGCAACUCACGCCCCCACUCACUCCCCCAAUCACUCACUAUGCUCGAUUAGGGGAUUGGGCAGUUAGGCAAGAAGUUGGCAUCACUAUGGGUACCUGUUGUGCUUCCCUUCUUGCUGAUCUGUUUUUUUUAUGCAUAUGUAUCGAAGUUUUGCUCAGAUUGACAAAAGCAAAUUACGGAAAUUUUCAUCAGAAGUUUAACGUAAGCUUUAGGUAUAUCUUCAUAUUUAUAUCUACGUCAGAGUCAGAGUCAGAGUCAGAGUGGCAAAAACACCUUCCUCCAGAGGGAUGUCUUAAACUUUCCAAUAGUCAACUUCUCCCUUUAUGUCGAUCAAAAUUCCAGCAGCUCCAGCAUUUGGUGUCCAUAUAUCACACCUUUUGCAGCUCGUCACACGACUGAAUGAUUAUAUCUUGUCAUUACAUCUGUAAUGAAAUUGUUGCACUGCCUUUGUUGUGCACUCGAAUCAUGUGAUUUCCUCUGGACAUCAUACAAGUUCGACUGCAUUUGAGGCUAUCAAAUGAAUGGAAUGGUUUCAUGCGAAGAAUGGCGUGAUUUUCAGAAUUGACAUGUCAGUUUGUUUGUUGUUAACGCCUGGUCUGUAAAUAAUCGAGUCUGGACCAGACAACCCAGUGAUGGACAUCAUGAGCAUCGAUCCAUGCAAUUUGGAUACUAUGACAUGCAUCAACCAAAUCUCCGAGGGUGCAUAGUCGCCAUUUACGGCAAGCAUGGGUUGCUGAAAAUCUAUUCUACCCCGGAUCUUCAAUUUUAUUAGACACUUUUAUUGGAAACAUUUCUUUUGAUGCCCGAUCUAUAUGCUGUCCGACUCGUGCUGACUCAUGUUGUCUCUCAAAAUUAAAGCAAUCUACUGAAAGAACACUUUUUGGUUGUUAGUAAAUGGAUCUUUGUUUUUGAAGUACAAGAUGCCUUCAUGUUGUACAUAUGUUCCUGAUUUUCCGAAGCACCACCCGAGGACUGACAUGUAAACCAUGUGUUCUAGCAGUCCCAUUUGCAGCAUACGUGGGGGCAGGUUUACCCUCAUUUCCGUGUGACACCACUUUCAACAUUAUCAUUUGACGGAAGUCUUAUCUUUUUUAUAAUAUGUGAACCAUGGUUGGUCCAGUCGCUACACACAAAGAAACACGCAACACCACGCAAAACCAUGGCGCGUCUGUGAUCUGGGGUUCGAAAGUUCGAAUCAUAGCUUCAACCGGAUAAUGUCAUUUGUCCUGUCAGACCCUUCCUCGUGCUCCAAACUGUAAACGUCUGUAUUUUGGAGCUUUCCUCCGACAUUACACUGACGCACCGGCAUAUUCCUAAACAUGUCAUAGAGCAGGGUUACAGCCAAACCCAUUAUUAGCAAUAGAUAGCGUUACAUAUCCAGUAAAUCACGGUUAUAACGAACACGCUUAUAACGAACUGACGGAUAUAACGAACUUACUUUUUGGUCCCGACUACUUGCUGUAGUCAUGCUGUAUAUGUACUUAUAACGAACUACGAUUAUAACGAACUAAAAUUAGUAGUCCCUUUGAUUUCGUUAUAACCGUAGUUUACUGUACAGUAAACAGCUAAAGUCAGCAAGUUCUUCGUAUAACGUUGAAAUUCAUCGCCAAAUAUUCACUAUAUCAAACUUCGUUGUAACCCGAGUUCAUUGUGAUUGGUAAUGUAGCGUGUGAACUGUCCGUUAACAAUCAAUGAAAUUACAUUACGUUUUCAGUAACUGAACUAUGAAAUUCAAUCAGGAAGCUAUGUAUUAUUGCCAAAAGGGUCGGAGACGUAAUUUGAGUGUUAUGCAUUGCGUAAACUGUAAUUCCUAUGUACUCAAACUUGAUUUGUGAAAUAAAUUCCGUGUACUAGA